AUGUCCAGGCUUCCAAUAUGGGGCGAUUCGCAACAAGUAUGGCCUGGAAACACCGACCAUAUCAGUGACACUCGAGUUUGCACGGAUCAGAAUGCCGCUAAUCAUGGAAGUACCGGGCGUCGAGUAUUACAUAUGCACACUGAUAGUGCCACGGGGCGGUUGUCAAGUGGUGACUCUUUUACACAUUGCCACGCACUUCCUCUUCCCAUGGAGAUUGUAAAUUUGGGUAACGUUGAGGGCAUUAGCGACUGGUCAAAGUCACCUGGCCAAUAUGCGAUGAAAUGUAUUCAACGUUAUACGGGCAGCCCGACUUUCCACACGAGUGAUACGAUCCCCUUUUCUUCCGAUUCCCCAAGAAGGGGGAAUAGCUCUGCUGCACCUGCAAUCACCACCAUUUUGGCGCCGCCGGAGGAACCGCGCGGCCAAUUUGAUGUUUGUGGUGGGACGAGAGGUGACAGCGGGGGCCUGGCGUCAUACCUGGCGGAGGAAAUGCCGCGUGGGCGAUUCAUCGUCAUGAACCUUCUCUCCACAUGGGGUGCUCCAGAGGAGGUGGGGAUAAAUGGUAUGGAAUUCUUCAAUGAGAACGGUGACCGCAUCAUUCCCCCUGCGGAGUGCCUAAAAAAGCCAUCGAGUUUACUUCAAUCACCACCGGGAUCAACGGGUGGCAAAAUACCACAGGAAAAAAGUAAGAUCGUGGACGGAUACCACACAAUUUUGUACACCACCCCUCAGAGCAGCCUUUCUCUGAUGGUGGCGUAUCCCGUCGAAGGCAGCAGUAGUGAUUCCGCUAAUGCUUCUGCUGGGACGGAUGAAGUCCCUCGAUCUGAUUUGGCCAACCUGGUGAAUGGGAUUCACAACACGCACGAUGACACGAAACUCUUUACGAUGCCGUUUAAUCCCGACAAGCACCAUUUGAUUUGCUUUGCCUUUCCCAAGAGUGUUGUCAUAUCUAUGGUGCGAGUACACAAUUAUGGGGGUCGUGGGCGGGUGCACACGAGUAAAGGGGUUCGUCUUCUUGAAAUGACGGUUGAUGACGAACUUGUGUUUCGCGGAGAAAUUGCCCCCAAUAAUGGUGAUGUGGUGCCCUUUCAUCGAGUUGGUUUGGAAAACUGUGAAAACAUCCUUUUUACGGAGGAACCAAGGGUACUCCGACGACUACUGGCAUGUCCUGCAACGGAGACAUCCGUUCAAGGUAGAGCCUGGGGGAAGGAGCGAAGGACGACCAUUGGGGUUUUACCACGUGAGAUUAUUGGUCAUUCAACGACCAUUUCGACAGUUUUAUUUGGUACUGUCAAAGAAGAUAAGUCAAAGCGCAUGGGAAGCGAAAGAAGUGUGUUGAUCCCUGCUGCUGUUCCAGUCCAUGCGAAAGGAAAGCAUAUUAUUGCCCAAAAUAGUCUGGGGAAUUUUGAAAAUGCUACCGCUACUCCGGUUACAGGAAUUGGAUACCAAACAUCGGGUUCUCUGAGCAUGUCUUCUAGAUACCCCCAAAAUGUGACCUCACUUUGCUUUCUUUUGCUUGGUACUUGGGGUGAUACAGAGAAAAUCGGUCUGAGUGGACUUCGUUUUCGGAACGCGCAAGGUGAAAUGGUGAGUCAACGUAUUGCUCAUUGGUACGUUCGGUUUCCAUCGCAGAGACAUGAGAGUGAUGUGGGGGAAAAAUGGGAAGAUCAGCUUGUGUACCUCUUUGAUGAGAAUGCUGAGACCGCCUUCACACUUCCGUGUGAACGAGGCAUUGAGGUUAUAUUUAUUUUUGACACCCCCCUGCCUACAUUGGGGUUUGUGGAGGUGGCAAAUUACUCCCUUGGUGAGCACACCUUCAGUGGGGUGAAGGAGGCACGUUUGUUUCUUUCUUCCGCCACGCCCAAUUGGUCCCCCGACGCCCUUGUCGCAGCCUAUUCGGCAUUAUGGGAAAUAAAUACUGCCACUAGCUGUACGAAAUUGAAUUUGCAUGGUAUCUUUGAAGCUACGCCGGAGGAGGGCGUCAGUCUACGCAAGGCCCCAGCAUUUCUCUCUAUUCCACGGUUUCAGGUGUAUGACUUGUCGUUAGCCGCGGAAUUGCGUGCUUUCGAAGGCUGUAGCGGUGCCUUGCGCAAUUCAUUAACGCAUAGUUUAAGUGCCUCCAUGACCAUACGGGCAGAGAUGGCACUGCGGCGUGCUCGCAUGGCAUUGAAGCCACGGCCGGAAUGGUUUCUGGAGUAUCAGUCUUACCUCACCCCACUUCUUCCAGUUGCGUAUGUGUUAAAGGUAUCCCUUGGUAUCUGCGCGAGGAGUGCGAUGGAUCUGAGGAAGUACGCGAAGAAAUGGAUGGUGAAUCCAUUACGCGCCUGCACAUUUGCGGAUGAGAAUGGGGAGACCAUUCAAGUGUUUAGUCGUGAUGGGGCAAAAGACACGGAGGGGCAUGGAGGGGAUUUUGCUGGUGGCGUUUCAAGGAGCGAGAACACCCACGCCUUUGUGACGGAGUGUCUGUUUACACCACGCCCCAACGCCCUGCAAGAAGAUGAGGAGGCUGCUGCGGUUGCUGCUCAAGCGGGUAUUCGCGUCUCAUUGUUUCAGGCUUCUUUGUCUUUGGUGUAUGUCUUUGAUUCCCCUUUCUGUCUCUCGCUUUUGACGCUGAACCGCCCGCUGCUUCAGGAAGAAGAGUGCGCAGCGUGGGUGCGGCAGAUCCGUGUGUUCAUGGACGAUGCGUUGGUCUUUGACAGCGGGGAUGUUGGCGUCCCGCGACGCGCCCCACCAGCCACGGUGGGUCCAUCUUCCCCUUUGCGACCAGCCGGCGAGGGUUUCUUGCCGUUUGCCGUGGGGGGAGGAGGCGCCGGCAACGCGGUGCACCGCAUGCGUCUGAAACCUCUUGUCUUCUUCACCCUCGACACCGUGCAGUUGGAGGAAGCCCGUCGUGAGAUGAUGGUGGCAGGGUAG